GGGCCACGUGCAACUCACCAGCAUUCAAGGAUUGUAAAUUUCCGUCUUUGCCCUCCUAUAUACAUAGGAUGCAUAUAGCACCUAUGCGCUGAUAUGGACUCGUGAAUAAAUUAACAACCUUUUUGCUAAUUUAUAAACAAAAUUGUCACUUGAUUAUUUUUUUUUAAUUUUUAUUAUCUAUGAGACUUCCUCGUAAAAUAUGACUAAGGGCAAACAAUUGGUGAUGGAGAGAGUAUAAAUUGUAUUUUGAAAGCUAACACAAAUCAACUUAUGAAGCAUCGUUCAUAAAUCAUAAUGCACAAAUAAGUAAAGAACUAGUAUAUGCUUGUUAAUCAAAUCUAUACAAAGUUAUAGCUUUUUGUUCACAAUAUACUCUUUCUAUACUUCACUUUUCAUCCUUUCUCUCCCUCCAUUCCUUUUUAUACCUCUAUCAAUAUCUCCUGGGUGCUAUUUUUUCUAAGGUACGAAUUUAUACUUUUGUAUUUAUUCAUCAUCUUUGAGUUUCUCACAACCCGUGAAUUACUCCGCUUAUUCUUCAAUACUGUUCUUACAUGUAGUACAAAUUCAUACCUUAGUUGUGUGAUUCAACGUUUGGCUUUCUUAGAAUUUGGGUCGAUUUAUUUGAUUUAUUUUUGUUAAAUUGAAGAAAUUUGAAUCGAAUGGAUCCCAGAGUUCAUGACUAUGUUGGAUUAGCAAAUGGAAUUAGAUUUCAGUCAGUUAAUGAUCAUGGGUUUCCUGUAUAUUCAAAUUAUAAUUAUGAUUAUGUGAAUGAAUUACCCAAUUUGGGAAAUGGUUUAGUUGUUCAUAAUAAUUACAUCAGUGAUGUUGGAGAUGUUAAUUUCAGUAUUUCUGAUACAUGUACAAGAGAUUUAUCUCUAAAUUCUAGUGUUACUGAGGGUAAUUUGAAUGAAGAAUAUGAUUUCUCAGAUUCUGUUUUGACAUACAUUAAUCAAAUUUUAAUGGAAGAAGAUGUUGAGGGUAAAGGUUGUAUGCUUCAGGAAUCAUUACAGCAUCAAGCUGUUCAGGAUGCUGAGAAAUCUUUGUAUGAGGUUAAUGGAAAGAGUUCUUUGCUUAAGCGCGAUUCACACCCAAACCCAUCUUACUUUUGUUCGAAUUUGAACAACCCGGAUAGCUGUUCUUAUGAUGAUUCAUAUAGGUGUUACAAUGAUGGAAGUAUUGAUAGUAAUAGCUUUGUGAUUGAUCCCAGCUGGGGUUAUGGAAAGGGGGAGUAUUGUGGUUCUGAUGUUGAGAAUGGUUUUCCUGUUUACCAAUUGCCAGUGUCGUCGAAUAGCUCAACUAGUGCUAGCUAUGAUAAUGAUGGGGGAUUAGUCGAUUCUCAGAUAAAUUCUUUUGGGGUCUCUGGCCUGUGUACCGAGAGUCAGUCUAUUUAUCAGUUUAAUAAAGGAGUUGAGGAAGCGAAUAAGUUCCUUCCUAUUCAAAGUGACUUUCUUUUCAGUACCAAUAUGGAUGGAUUAAUUAAGAAUAAUGAGGAGAAGUGUAAUGUAUCAUUAGUAAAUCCAAGUGUGAAUAAUGGUGAUGAUGAUAUCAGGGAGGAAUGUCGGGGAAGGAAGCAUGCUUUUGGGGAUACUGAAGAGAGGUUGUCUAAACUGGCUGCUAUAUAUGAUGACUCCAAGGUACGCUCAGAUAUGUUUGACAAGGUUCUCUUGCAUCAUGGUGGUGAUAAAAAUGAGCUUGUUGUUUCUCUUAGAACAAACUUGCAAACAGCUGCUACCAAGAAGACAGAGCAAAAUGAUGAGUCGAAAAGUGGUCCAAAAGGCCGUCAUAAGAGACAAGGUGGACGCAAAGAAGUGGUGGAUUUGAGAACACUUCUUACAACCUGUGCACAAUCUGUUGCGGCUGAUGACCGCAGAACUGCAUAUGACUUUCUAAAGCAGAUCAGGCAGCACUCAUCUCCACUGGGCGAUGGAAAUCAGAGAUUGGCCCAUUAUGUGGCUGAUGGACUUGAGGCUCGUUUGGCUGGUACUGGAAGCCAGAUUUACAAAGGUCUUACUAGCAAGAGAACAACUGCUGCAGAUGUAUUAAAAGCUUACCUUUUGUAUCUUGCAGCAUGUCCAUUCAGGAAGCUGUCCAAUUUUUUCUCAAACAAGUCUAUUGCAAAGAGAACAAGAAAAGCUUCUAAGAUCCACAUCAUAGAUUUUGGCAUCCUUUAUGGGUUUCAGUGGCCAACUUUUAUUCAAAGACAAUCAAUGAGAGAGGGUGGACCACCGAGAAUUAAGAUUACUGGCAUAGAUUUUCCACAACCAGGUUUCAGACCUGCUGAAAGGGUUGAGGAGACUGGUCGUCGGUUGGAGAAUUAUGCGCAGGAGUUUAAAGUUCCUUUCGAGUACCGUGCAAUUGCAAAGAGAUGGGAUACCAUUCAACUAGAGGAUUUCGACAUUGAUGAGGGUGAGGUUCUUAUUGUCAAUUGUAUCUAUCGAUUGAAAAACUUGCCCGAUGAAACCGUGUCUGUUGAAAGUUCUAGAAACAAGGCUCUCAAAUUGAUAAGAAAACUUAAUCCUGAUGUUUUCAUCAAUGGUGUGGUUAAUGGCUCUUACAGUGCACCCUACUUUGUCACCCGAUUUAGAGAGGCUCUUUUUCAUUUCUCAGCACAGUUUGAUAUGCUUGAAACUAUCGUACCCCGUGAGUAUAGUGAGAGGAUGCUGAUUGAAAGAGAUCUUCUUGCCAGAGAAGCCCUCAAUGUUGUAGCUUGUGAGGGUUGGGAGAGGGUUGAGAGACCAGAGACAUAUAAGCAGUGGAAGAUACGUAUUAUCAGAGCUGGAUUUACACAACUUCCCCUGGACUCGGAGAUCAAGGAGAGGGCUUUGUUGCAGGUUCACUCAGCUUACCACAAGGAUUUUAUGAUUGAUGAAGACAGUCGAUGGCUUCUUCUAGGAUGGAAAGGACGGGUACUCUUUGCCUUGAGCACAUGGCAACCUACUUAAAUACUGCCAGCUCUAAAGGCAAAUAGUCUCAUGUGAUAGACUAUAUUUCUACUGAUUGUUACUUGCAGCCAAGCAAUCCAUCGGGAGCUCCUCUUCUACAAUCAAGAAAAUAUCAUGCCCCUCACCCUCCCAUACCCCCCUGCCCCCCAUCAGGGUUUUCAUGAAGGUUUACACAGAUGGCUCUUGAAUUUUCCAUUGACAAGUCAGGAGGCGGUGUCAUCAGAUGUGAAAUAAGGUUUAUGGCAGAUGGGCUUAUCUAUUCGAUUCAAUUGACCUGCUGCUGCGAUGGAGCUUUAAGCAAUUUGAGAGGGUCUCAUGAUUGCUAAAGACCUGUAAAUUGAACUGGAGUUGGAAAUGGAUGCAGAAGCUCUAUAGCUCAUUCUGGAAAAUGCAGUUUAGUAUCCAAGAUUCCAAGCCAUAAAAUUAAUGCUGUAGCUGUGACUUCUCAAGGAAGAUUGCACUGUUGUGUUCCUGCAUGCUUAAUGAGCUACUAAUACCGAAGCCCAUGUCUUAGGUAAUAUCGAAUGGAUGAUGGACAAAGAAACGCUGUACCACUACAAAGCUUCUUGAUAAAGUGGCAGAUGAACAUUGGCAGACUCACCUAGCUGGUAAUGACUAUAAUAGUUGAUCUGUACCAUGUGAGCUUAGUAUUUUUUUUUUUUUUUGUCUUUAUAUUGUUAAAUGUGUAUAAACAUGUUAGUUGAUUUUAUAUUUCUUACAGGCUUUCAGUUUCCUAAUGAUCUCUCUCAAGAUUGUUUUGAACUGUUAAUGUAAUGUUAUAAGAAUAACUUUCUUAAGCAGUGGGCACAUAUAUUUGUUGCUUGGUAA